AGGGUGAGGUUUGGAGCUGAAUGUGAAUCAGCACAGCCCAAUCCAGAGGGGAUGAGAUCGGUUCAAAGGACCUGGGCUCCUGUGAGUGACCUGGAGCAAGCUGCUUUAGCUGCCCCGGCUCUCAGCUCCUCCAUCUGGGAGGGAUCCCGGCAUCCCGUCUAAAACCCGUCCCAGCUCAGUCUUCAAAGAAGCUGAUAGCCCUGCUCACCUGGAGGCGACCUACUGCCAGCUUCAUCCAGCUGCUCCCUAUCCCCCCCUGCGCGAGACCCGAGCCCUCCGAAAGCACACGUGGGGCACAGCGAGUGCACCGGGGCCCAGGGACCUGUGAGCUCAGCUCAUCAGCCAGCCAGAGAAGAUGGACACCUUCAGCACCAAAAGCCUUGCCCUGCAGGCUCAGAAGAAGCUCCUGAGCAAGAUGGCCUCCAAGACCAUGGCAAACGUCUUCAUCGAUGACACAAGCAGUGAGGUCCUAGACGAGCUGUACCGUGUCACCAAAGAGUUCACCCGCAACCGCAAGGAAGCCCAAAAGAUUAUCAAGAACCUGAUCAAGAUUGUCAUGAAGCUGGGUGUGCUGUACCGCAACGGGCAGUUCAAUGCUGAAGAGCUGCUGCUGAUGGAGCGCUUCCGCAAGAAGGUGCAUACCUUGGCCAUGACCGCCGUCAGCUUCUACCAGAUAGACUUCACCUUUGACCGCAGGGUCAUGUCCAGCGUGCUGAACGAGUGCCGUGACCUGCUCCACCAGGCUGUCAACACCCACCUGACAGCCAAGUCCCACUCCAGGAUCAACCACGUCUUCAACCACUUUGCGGACUACGAGUUCCUGUCGGCGCUGUACGGCCCCUCUGAGCCCUACCGCACCCACCUGCAGAGGAUCUGUGAAGGGGUCAACAAAAUGCUGGAUGAGGAUAACAUAUGACUGAGCAAAGGCAAGGCAUGGGAGUGACUGUCCAGCUUUUGGCCCUUUCUUCCAGCCAAAUCCUCCAGGCUGAAUGCUUGUCAAUGGCAAGGCGUCCAUGGAUUUCAAUGGCAUCGGGCUAUAUGACUGUCUUUCUCUGUGGUGCUAAGUAUCUUGCUUAUUCCCUUUUCUUUGUUAUAAAGACCAAGAGGUGUUCCCUUUC